GCCAGAUAUAUGGUGAAUCUUUCAUGCAUAAAGAACUACCUCUUUGUGACCUGGUCAUUAUCUUUGACAAACUGUUGAAACCGUAGGAAAAUGGUCUAAAAAUAUCUGGAAGGGGAUUAAGUGGUUCAACAAGUAACGCUCUAAUGGAUGACAGAGACUUUCCACCAAAGGAUCUGCAAAUAGACUCCAAGGACAGUCUUCCUGCUAACUAUAGGGUAGAAAGUUUGGCAUCUCAUUUGAUUCCUUCAGCUGAUGAAAAUGAAAACCAACUUGACAGUGAUGGGAAUGAAGUUCUGACCAGUAGCAGCAUUGCUAUGGGACGGCAGGAUAGAGGUGAACAGGAUAACAUCAAUAAUAAUGAGAAUAUGGACAGUGGAGUCUGGAUCCCAAGCUGUAAGGAAAGUGAGACUGAGAGAUCUGUAAAUGUCCAUAUGGACCCUCAGCUGGAGGAAAAGCCUAUUACUGAAAAACAGCCAGGUGGAAAAAGAAGUCCAAGAAGCAAAAGAAGCUCUAGUAAAAAAUCUAAAGGCGUUUCUACGGCGGGAACCACAGCAAUCCAGGAGGAAAAUGCUCUUAAUACAGAUACAGAUUUUGUGCAGGCUGAAGGUACUGUUGAAGCAAAGGAAAACUUUCCUCCAAAAGACCAAAACCAAACAUUGCAGUCUCUUUUCUCUUUGCUCCGUGAAGAGGUUGAGCAGAUGGAUUCAAAGAUACUGCCCCUGUGUCUCCAUCAGAUAGCUGAGACCUAUUUUCAAGAGGAGGAAUAUGAGAAGGCCAUGAAGUUCAUUCAGCUUGAACGACUUUAUCAUGAGCAGCUGCUUGCAAAUCUUUCUUCCAUACAGGAACAGUGGGAAAGAAAAUGGAAAAGAGCAGUUCCCAGUCCAGUUACAACACUGAGGAAUUCAGAUAAAGAACUGAGUGGCCAAGAACUGGAAAAGCUCACUAGAGUUUGCUCCUCACAUCAACAGCCACAGGCAUCCAAAAAUAAGCUAGUAACUGCAGAAAAUAUAUGGGAAAGCAGUCAUUUACCUCAGUUAAUGGAAUCCAGAACUUUAAAGGAAAGAGAAGCUACUGUUCUUAAAUCAGGUACUGAAACUUGUGCUGGCGCUGGACCAAAGAAAGAAGAUAAACAGCUGAGCGCUGUUUGCCCAGGUGAGAACAGAACUGAGAGACAGACAGAGGCAGCAAGGCUUCGGGUAGCUGCAGGAAAGGACCACAUGGAGGAGCAGCACUGCAGUGCUGGAUCAACACUGGAGCCACACACCCAGUCCACAGGGACAGUGGGCAGGCCUUCCUCGGGCUGUUUAUCAUCUGGGGAUGCCAAUAAAGAUAACAGUCUGCAGCUGAGGGAAAGACAGCUCUCCAAGGAUGCAGCAAAAAUAGUAGGGGCUGGGGAGCCUGGAGCAAAACUCCCUCUUGAGCCAAUGGUAGAUGCUUUGGCUUCAACAGAUGCUGAUUAUAUGCCUACUGACUUGGUUCCUUCUGAUGGAGAUGUGCCAGCUGAUAGAAAUCUGCUCAGAUCAAAACAUGCUGCUGGGUCUUCAAAAAUUGCUUGUGGCCAGCUUGGAAACAGUGAUUUGAAGCAGCAAGAGAUACAGCCUGAUGAUGAUGAUGAUGAACAGUCUUCAUGGGACAGAACUGCAUCAGAUGAAUGCUCUGGGUGUAAUGAAGUGUCUGAGCACAAGAAUACUGCCCAUUCACAGGUGUCCAAGGAAAUACAGAGAGCAGCAGGACAGGAGGAGAAGGUCAAUAAUGAGCAAGAAGAUUUAUUUCUGAGAUUUUUGAAUGGUAACAUAAUAGACACUGAAGAAUCUGCAAGCUUAGCAAACCAAGAGGACUUUGACACUCUUCCAGAUAUUUCAUCUGAGCGAGCGUCUUAUAACUCCCUGGAAGCUUUAUCACUAGAUGACAGCUUUUCUUCUCUUGAUGAACUUACAAGAAGGAUAGAGAUUACUGAGAUUACCCCAGUGGAAGGAUUGGUGUCUAUACUAAAGAAGAGAGAUGACAGGGAUGGAAAAGCAAUUGCUCAAGUCCAGCAAAGGCAAACAAAGAGAAGAGUGAGAUUCCAAGAAAUGGAAGACACGUUGGAUCAAGAUGAAGUGUCUGGUGGCUCCUGUAUUUUGCUGAUCCUGCUGUGCAUAGCAACUGUUUUCCUUAGCAUUGGAGGAACUGCACUGUACUGCACCUUUGGUGACAUGGAAUCCCCUGUGUGUACUGAAUUUGCAGCCAACAUGGAUUUCUAUUAUACACAGAUACUGCAGCGUGUGGAAGAGCUCAAACACUGGAUAGCCUUCUCAUAGCUGAAAGGAGUGGACACAGCACGUUGAGAGCUCACCGGUGGUUACUGGAGAGAGUAGAACAAAAUUGUGCUUUCAAGUUCUCUAACACUUGCCACCUGCAGGUGAUGUGUAUUUGAUGAUAUACUUUCACAUGUACUUAGAAAUCAAGAAAAUUUUAGUUUAGCGAUCAGGUGGCAAAAUGUUCACAUCUGUUCACAACUGUAGCAGCGUGGUAUGGGAGCAUAAAAAGUUACUAUCUUCAUCCUUUUAAGAGUAGACAAGUAGCUUUUCAUCCACAUGAGCAAGUGAAGAAGAAGGAAGAAAAUUAACUGUAUUCUGUAUUCUCUCCCAUUGCCACACAUUGUGUAAGCAAUCUCUGGAAGCUUAGUAAAAGGACAGCUUUAAUUUACAGCUGUUUGUGCAAAAGUGUUGCCUCCAGCUAUCAUGCAAUAAGUCUCUGUUUUAUGGAAACAUUGUUUUUUUUUCCUAAGUCUUAACAUUUUUAUCCAUUUUAUUUCUCCUGGUGAGCCAUGUAAUUAUUUGGGUGGAGUGAGAAGAGUGGGGUGGCAUUUGUGGAGCCCUCAUUUGGUGAUUACCAGGCUGACCCUGUAUCUUAUAGCUUGCAGUGAAUAUCAUGAAUGGGAUAAAUCUGCUGGCAGAUUUCACUAAAUUUCUUGGACCUUUACUCACAGUGUCAUGUGGGUUGCUUUAGAAAUGGAAGGUUAAAAAAAAAUCACUGGUCUCACUAAACACAGAAACAAAAGAUUUUUAGUAAAUUAUUCAUAUUAAAUAAUCAAGUGGCUUUGGCCCAUUUUAAAGCACCUGGUAGCAGGUGUGGGGCUAACUGGGUUUUUCUCCAGCUAUGUCACUGAAUCACUUUGUGCCUCAGUUUCUCCUCCAUAAUUGGGGAAUAAUGAUGCUUGCCUUUGUCUAUGAAUAUUUAUUGGAAUUAGGGCCCGUGUCUGAUUCAUCCCAAAUGAGUGCACAGGAUCAGGGAACUCUGUGGCUGCAGCCUCUGCCAGUGAGUGAAAAUUAUGUAAAGUGGGACUGAUCCAACAGAAGAGGUUCAGAGGCUCACUGCAGAUCCACAGCCUGAUAAUAUUGCAGGGCACUUCUUCCAGCUGAUAAAGCACAUUUGCAUUUAUUUGCCCUGCGGUUCUGAGACCUGUAUUGUAAAAUCUGUUCUAUCAGCUUUACAAACAAAUUUAGAUCAGUACAAAGAGAAAUUUUCAAUGGGUAUUUCUAUCACUUGGUGCUCAGCCCUCCCUGUGUGGUGGUGAGAAACACUGACAGGACAGUGAAGGUGAGAAUUAGGUACACAGGCCUUUGGGCCAUACUCUGGUCAAGAUGUGGCAGCUGUUCUUGCACAGAGCACAAUGGUCCAGCCCUGCUGAUGGUGUGAGUGUGAAAUUAUUCCUUUACACCUCAGGAAACAACAUUUUUGAGGGGUCCACUUCACUCCACUCUGUGAUUUUCUGCUUACUAACCUUGUAUGAUGCAGUGUGUUCAGGUUUAGGAUAUUAUUUUGUAAAAUGCUAUGAAGUGAAAUCUUUGAGAUACUGCUCAGAAUUAUAACAUUAAAGAUCAUGCUUUCUGACAUUUGCAAGCAAAUUGUCCCUCUAGUGAGCUUGAUUGUUCCUAAUGCACUGUUACACUUAACGGGUUUUUAAAGUGAAAGGUAAAAUCAUGUUUUUUCUAGAAUAAACUGCAUGUAUGAUUUCUCUCUUGGUUUUCACUGUGAAGGCUUAGUUUAUUUAUACCCUAGGGAGCCUCAUGUGCAGCUUUAUACUAAACUAGCAAAUUUCAAAUGCCCAAAUUAAUGAAAACUUUUUCUUUUAGAAUGAAACUUGAGAAUGGUAGUUUGGGGUUCAUUGUUUGUUUCUUUGUUGUCCUCAAGAGUAUCAUAAUGCUGGGCUACUCUAAAGGAGAAAGGGAAAGACACUUGUAUUUUAAAGUGUUACUGGCUGGUUCAGUUUAUUAUUUGAAU